UGGGUCAGUGACAGCGUGUCAAUGGCUGCAGAUGCGUCGCAAAGGAAGGCUCUGAGAUACCAACAGACCCUGCUGUACGGUGAGUACAGGGAGCAGCUGGGAAAUUUUGCCAGACGGGAGGCUGCCCGUUUGCUGACAGAGAGACAAUGGAGGAGACAGACAGGGGACAACACCAUGGCCACUGCCCGCAAAGGGCACGGCCGGCGACAUCACCACCCUGUGACCUUGGAGUCACAUCACAGCCAAGCCUCGUCUACCAAGAAGCCUCGACCCUACUCCAAAUGCCAAGACUGCUUGGCUCGUAUGCGGCGGUACAUAGUGACCAAGAUGGGGGAGGACUGGAUUUUCCUGGUUCUGCUAGGCCUGACCAUGGCUCUGGUCAGCUGGAGUAUGGACUAUGCCAGUGCCAAAAGCCUGCAAGCCUAUAAAUGGAUGCACGGAGAGCUUAAGGGCAAUGUGCCGCUCCAGUAUCUAGCCUGGGUUACCUAUCCCAUAAUCCUUGUCGUGUUUGCCUCACUCUUCUGCCACCUCGUUUCCCCGCAGGCCAUCGGCUCUGGUAUUCCUGAGUUGAAAACCAUCCUCAGAGGUGUAGUGUUGAAGGAGUACCUGACCCUCAAGGCCUUCACAGCUAAAGUCAUAGGGCUGACUGCCGGCCUGGGCAGCGGGAUGCCAGUGGGCAAAGAGGGCCCGUUUGUCCACAUUGCCAGUAUCUGUGCAGCGGUGCUGAGCAGAUUCAUGUCCAUCUUCUCUGGAGUCUAUGAGAACCCUUAUGGUUACACAGAUAUUCUGACUGUUGGCUGUGCCGUUGGGGUGGGAUGUUGUUUCGGCACUCCACUUGGAGGGGUGUUGUUCAGUAUUGAGGUCACGUCUACCUACUUUGCGGUGAGGAAUUACUGGCGGGGGUAUUUUGCCGCCACAUUCAGCGCCUUCAUAUUCAGGGUGCUCUCUGUUUGGAACAAGGAUGCUGUCACAAUCACGGCCCUCUUCAAAACCAAUUUCCGGAUGGAUUUCCCUUUUGACCUGCAGGAACUCCCAGCUUUUGCAGUAAUAGGGAUCUCUUGUGGGUUCCUCGGGGCGUUCUUCGUCUACCUGAACAGACAGGUGGUUCUCUUCAUGAGAAGGCCAACAGCGCUCACACGCUUCCUAACCAAGCAUCGAUUGAUCUAUCCAGGUGCAGUGACCCUGAUCAUCGCAACCUUCACGUUUCCUCCUGGAUUUGGCCAGUUCAUGGCUGGAGAGCUGAUGCCCAGGGAGUGUAUCAACUCCCUGUUUGAUAAUUUCACCUGGACCAAAAUCUCAGGAUCCCCUGCUCCACCCGGCCUGGGCCGCUCGUCUGCGUGGCUGCAUCCCCAAGUCAGCGUCUUCAUCAUCCUUCUACUCUUCUUCGUCAUGAAGUUCUGGAUGUCAGCAGUUUCCACCACGAUGCCCAUCCCCUCUGGUGCCUUCAUGCCAGUGUUCAUAUUAGGGGCUGCUUUUGGUCGCCUGGUUGGGGAGAUCAUGGCUACACUUUUCCCAAAUGGAAUCCUGUUUGAUGGGAUAGUCUACCGCAUUCUGCCGGGAGGUUAUGCUGUCAUCGGUGCGGCAGCGAUGACAGGAGCCGUCACACACACGGUAUCCACGGCAGUAAUCUGCUUUGAGCUGACCGGUCAGAUCUCUCACAUCCUGCCCAUGAUGGUGGCGGUCAUCCUCGCAAACAUGGUGGCACAGGGUCUGCAGCCUUCCCUCUAUGACUCCAUCAUCCAGGUCAAGAAGCUGCCCUACCUGCCCGAGCUGGCCCUCGGGCACAUCAGCAAGUAUAACAUCUUUGUGGAGGAUAUCAUGGUGCGCAAGGUGAAGUUUCUGUCUUCUCAAUCCACCUAUCGGGAACUGAGCCACCUACUGGAGACAACCACCCUCAAAACCAUCCCUCUGGUCGACUCCAAAGAAUCCAUGAUUCUUUUGGGCUCUAUUGAGAGGACAGAGCUCCAAGCUGUCUCCGAUUGGUGGCUUUCACCAGAGAGGCGGGUCUUUGAAAAAGGUCAAAGCUCACCAGGCCAGGGCUCCAAGGUCAGCUGGGAGUCCUUUACCUUUGUGGAUGAGGAGGGAGGAGAAGAGAGCACGGUGAAGACCACCCCGGUGCAAGAUGAAUGCAACGGGCCCAUCUCAUCCCCCAAAUCUCAGGAGCCCUCCACCAAUCACACAGGCUCAGACAAGCGCAGGCUGCCAUCUGUCAGAAAGACCCUUCAGAGACUCUUCUCGUCCUCCUCCUCGUCAGACCAGCCUGAAACUCAGGAGGCCACAGCCCCUCCACUGACCGACACCAUGUCCCCAGAGGAGAUCAAAGCCUGGGAAGAGACGGAGCUGGAUAAACCAAUCGAUAUGGAGCAGAUCCGCAUAGAUCCUUCCCCAUUUCAGCUGGUGGAAAGAACUUCUCUACACAAGACCCACACUCUCUUCUCUUUGCUGGGUCUCAGUCACGCCUAUGUCACCAGCAUUGGAAAACUCGUGGGUGUCGUGGCACUGAAAGAGCUACAGAAGGCCAUAGAGGGCUCGACCCGUAGUGGGGUGAGACUGCGUCCCCCUCUGGCAAGCUUCAGAGAUGCAAGCCGGAAAACCAAGAAGCACCAACCUCCCCCGUCCACUCCGUCCUCCCCCACCCGGGAGAGGGAGCUCUGGGGAGAGGGGAGCAGACGGGAAGGAGAGCUGGUGAGGAAGGAGUCUAAGGAGGAUUCCCGAGGGAAGGCAGCAUCGCCCAGAGGAGCUCCGGGGUGUGACUCUGCUCCCUCCUUCCCCAGCAGUGACAGCACCACCAGUACCCCCACCACCUCCACCCCCACCACAAGAGGAGCUGAAGCCCCUCCAGAAGAAUCAGCGUCCCCCUCAACCUCCUCCUCCCCUACCUCGCCUUCAGCGCCCACCUCCUCCAUGUCCCCACCAACCCCUGUCCUCACACUGUCUUCCCUCCAGGAGGAAAGGGAGAGUGAAGAGUCAGACGAGCCUAUUUAG